UCUCGCUGAUGUCAGUCGGCUGAACAAAGUCAAAAUGAGUGGAGGUGCAGGCGUGGUGUACUACGAUAAGUUCAAGGAGCUGUUGGUAUCGCGACGUGGGCGUCUCUUCACCAUACAAUUCCAUCGACCGGCUGUGCAGAAUGCGCUGCGUCGUCGCACUGUCUUUGAGCUGUUGCGUGCCUUGGACAUUGCCAACUAUGAGCCGGAUGUGAGUGUGGUGGUGCUCACAGGUGAUGCUACGGCCUUUACGGCAGGCAUGGAUAUAAGCGAAGUGCAGGAACUACAACAAAAGUCCGGCGUUGAGGCAGUGGAUGUGCACUUUAACGCUUCCAGCUUAAUAGUGCUAUCGGUUGUAAAGAAGAUGCUAGUGAAUCGCAAGGUACUGGUGGCACUGGUCCAGGGCAACUGUGUGGGUAUUGGCGUUCCGCUUUGUGCGCUCUGUGAUAUUGUGUAUGCCACAGAGACGGCCAACUUCUGGAUGCCGUUCACCAAGUUGGGCAUAUGCGCCGAGUCAGGCGCCAGUUGGACCUUACCCCAGUUGCUGGGCCACAGCAAGGCGUCGGAACUGCUGCUCUUUGGUGAGCGCAUGGAUGCGCGCACAGCACUACAAUACGGCUUUGUCGCCAAUAUAGUGAGCAGUGCAACGGAGUUCUGGGCACGCAUGGAGCAGCAUGCGCAGUUGCCAACAGCUGCGCUGCUAGCCACCAAACGUCUAUUGCAGCAUAGCCGGCGGGAGCAGCUUAUAGAUGUUGUGAAUCUGGAGAACAUACACGUCAAACAGCUGCGUACCACUCCCUAUUUUCGCGCACAGAUUAUGGCGUUUGGCAAGCGCAAAAAUCAGAGCAAACUUUAAAAUUAACACAACUAACAGAGUAAUAUUAAUAAUAAUAAAUAAUAAA